CGAUUGUCGGUGAAACAAAAUGCGAUUUUCAUCACGUCACGUGAUUCGUUCGAAUUGAGCCACCGUACGCACGCACACACACACAUACACACACACACACACACACACACACACACACACACACACACACACACAAACACACACACACUGAUACGCACACGCACACGGCGAGCGAGCUCAACACGCAUCUACCGAUUUAGUUUGCUACGUGUGCGCAUCGCAACAACGUAUCCGGUUAGGCGGACACGAACUCGCCGCCUUUGCCGCUAUACACCCGCACCUGAGCUGCCACGAUGGACAUCGAAAAGCUCACCGCCCUGCUAAACGCCACGCUGUACCAGCCGCACAGGAGCGAGGCAGAGGAGCAGUUGCAGCGCGUAAGCAUGCUUUUCAGUAUCCACAAAAUUGCUGGAUUUGGUCCAGCUCUAUUGCAAAUUGUUCUCACUUCAGAUAUUGAUAUGUCUACUAGACAAGCUAGUGCUAUAUAUUUAAAAAAUUUAAUAUACCAAAGUUGGGCAACUCGUGAAGAUGAACCUAAUAAAUUUACAGUUCAUGAACAAGACCGAGCAAUAGUUAGAGAUACUAUUCUAGAUGUUUUGGUUCAAGUUCCAGAAUUAUUACGAGCACAGUUAACUGUUUGCUUAGUGACAAUAAUGAAACAUGAUUUUCCUGGGCGUUGGACUAACGUUGUUGAUAAAAUCAAUGCAUAUCUAAUUAGUGAUAAUUCAUCUUAUUGGUUGGCUGGUAUUGUUGGUUUUUCAGCUUUAGUGAAAGCUUUUGAGUACCAAAAAGCAGAUAAGUCUCCUAUUCAUGGUGCGGUUAAAGUAUUGCUUCCUGGUGUAUAUAAUGUCAUGGCUCACAUAGUUAGUAAUUCAACAGCUGACUCAGUUGCAUUGCAGAAAACUAUAGUUAAAAGUUAUUUCAAACUCAUACAGUUCACAUUAAGUCCAGACCUUAUGGAAAAAACAACAUUUACCAAGUGGAUGGAAAUAUUGAGCAUAGUUUUAUGUAAUCCAGUUCCAGAAGAAGUCAACCAUUGUGAACCUAGUGAAAGAGAUCAGUUACCUUGGUGGAAAGUUAAGAAAUGGGCUUUGCAUACUAUGUAUAGAAUUUUUGAAAGGUUUGGAAGUCCAGGAAGUGUGGCUCAAGAAUAUGUACACUUUGCUACAUUUUAUGUAAAAACUUUUUCAACUGGAGUUAUAGAAAUUGUUUUAAGAAUUUUAGAUCAAUAUCGAAAUAAAGUAUAUGUCCCUCCUAGAGUUAUGCAAAUGGGCUUAAACUAUUUGAACCAAUGUAUUAGUAUUGCACAUACAUGGAAAAUGAUAAAACCACAUAUACCAGCUAUUAUCCAGGACAUCAUUUUUCCUCUUAUGUGUCAUUCAGAAGCUGAUCAAGAAUUAUGGGAAUCUGAUCCACAUGAAUAUAUUUCUCAGAAAUUUGACAUUUUUGAAGAUUUGAUAUCUCCUGUAAUGGCUGCUCAAACAACAUUGCAUUCAGCAUGUAAAAAACGUAAAGGUAUUUUACCUAAAGCUGUUCAGUUUAUUGUUGGUGUUAUAACUUCAAAUGAUGCUACACCUUCUCAAAAAGAUGGAGCUCUUCAUAUGCUCGGCGCAUUAGCUGAUGUUAUAUUUAAAAAAGAAUUGUAUAAAGAUCAAGUAGAUAGUAUGCUUUAUCAACAUGUAUUCCCAGUUUUUCAAAGUCCACAUGGUCACUUAAGAGCUAGAGCUUGUUGGUUUAUACAACAUGUGUGUGAUGUAAAAAUUAGUAAUAGUAACAUUUGGAAAGAUUUAACAGCACUCUGCUCUAAUGCUUUAUUAAGUGAUAAAGAACUCCCAGUUAAAGUUCAAGCUGGUCUAGCCAUUCAAGCCUUAUUAAUUGCUGAAGAAGUAGUUGAACCUCUUUUAGAGCCUCAAAUAAAAGAAAUUGUACUAGAACUUCUAAAUGUACUAAAAGAAACUGAAAAUGAUGAUAUAACUAGUGUUGUGCAAAAAGUUAUUGCAAUUUACUAUGAUAAACUUGCACCUAUUAUGUAUGAUAUUUGUCAAAAUUUGGUAAAAACCUUCCUCCAAGUUCUACAGUCAGAUGACAUGAAUGAUAAGAAAGAAAUUACUGGUAUGAGUAUUUUAAGUUGUAUAGAAACUAUUUUGAGUGUUAAUGAUGAGCAACCUCAAACUUUAGCAGCUCUCGAACCAAUUGUUUUGGAAGUUAUAGUACAUAUAUUUACAACACCUGAUACUGGUAUUGAAUAUUAUGAAGAAGCCUUAAAUUUAGUAUGUGAUUUGACCAAUACACAAUUAUCUCCUAAUAUGUGGAAAGUCUUGGAAUUAAUCUAUUCAGUCUUUCAAAAUGAUGGAGUAGAUUAUUUUGUCGAUAUGAUGCCUUGUCUUCAUAAUUAUGUUACUGUUGGAAUGGAAACAUUUAUUUCUAAUGAGAAUUAUAUGUUAAUAAUAUUCAACAUGUGUAAAGUUGUUUUAACAUCUGAAUCUGGUGAAGAAGCUGAAUGUCACGCAGCAAAGCUAUUAGAAGUUAUUGUGUUACAAUGCAAAGGCCGUAUUGAUCAAUGUAUACCACCUAUUGUUGAAAUAGCAUUGCAGCGAUUGGUCAGAGAAAUUAAAUCAUCCGAAUUACGAGCAAUGUGCCUUCAAGUGAUUGUAGCUGCUAUUUAUUACAAUCCUCAUUUGUUAUUUGAAACUUUAGAUAAAUUGCAAUCGUCUAUAUCAACACCUGAAUCCAUUUCUGUACAUUUUAUUCGACAAUGGUUACUGGAUACAGAUUGCUUUUUCGGAAUUCAUGAUCGAAAACUUUGUGUUAUGGGUUUACUCACAUUAAUGGCAUUGUCUCCAAAUCGUCCUAUUGCUGUAAAUGAACAUGCCACUCAAAUAGUGCCUUCAAUGCUCAUGUUAUUUGAUGGUCUUAACCGUGCAUAUAAUAAUAAAGAUGCUACGGAAGAUGAAGAAUCUAGCGAAGAAGAAGACACAGAUACUGAAAAUGAAUUGGCCUCGGAUGAAGAUGAAAUUGAUGAAUCUUUGACAUAUACUAACGAUAAUAAGAGAAAAACAUUAUUGCCUAAUUUAAAUAUGAUUAGUGGUACUGAAGAUGAUAGUGAUAGUGAUGAUGAUGACUAUGAACCACCUGAAGAGACAAUGCUCGAAGUUUAUACUACACCACUAGAUGCAGAUGAUAAUAAUGCUGAUGAAUCACUCGAUGUUUACAUUUUAUUUAAGACUGUUUUAUUGAGCAUACAGCAAAAUGACCCUGCUUGGUAUUCGGCACUUACUAAUCAUUUAAACAGUGACCAACAAAAAUCUAUAAAUGAAAUCAUGGUCUUAGCUGAACAGCGACGUGCUGAAGUAGAAAACAAAAAGAAAGAAAAAUUAGCAGGUUUUAAAUUUGACCAAGCAACUGUUCCAGCCACAUUUAGUUUUAGUAACAGCAAUAACUCGCCGUUUGCUUUUGGCCGGUAACUCGACAAAUAUAUUAUGACAAAAACAAUUUUGCUAUUACUAUUCAUUAUUAUUAUUGUAUGUUCAAACUAUAUACAAAAUCAUCUAAACCAAUUAAACAACAUGUUGUUAUUAUAAUUUAAAUUAUAACUGUUGAUACUUA